CCGCCAGUCCGGCUCGCCCCCCGAGCGGCGGCCUCGGGGCUUCUGGCCUCGGUAGCCACUUCCUGAGCCGCGGGGAUGGAGGCGUCGCGCUGCCGGCUCGGACCCCGCGGGGACAGAUUGGAUAUUUUCUACUGAUGAUAUAUCAUGUUUUUCCUGUUUCUUUGGAUAUGGAAUAAUUUUUUAUUGUGUUCUGAACAUUAUGAAGUGAUACAUUGUAAAGACUCUGGAUUCUGUUGUUUUCCUAUGAAGACAAUUGACUUUUUCGGUUGGAUUUUUUAAAGUGCCUUUGAAGAUGAGACCAUGAAACUUCGACAGCUGAAACUAGAUAAUCAGAGAGCCCUGCUGGAGAAGAAGCAGAGAAAAAAGCGCCUUGAGCCGCUCAUGGUACAACCAAAUCCAGAAGCCAGGCUACGUCGAUCAAAGCCAAGAGGUAGCGAGGAGCAAACUCCUUUGGUGGAACCUCAUACCCCACAGAACGAGGUCAUCCUACAUGGCAUUGAUGGUCCAGCUGCCUUCUUGAAGCCAGAUGCUCAAGAUUUGGAAACCAAACUUCAUGUUGUCUCAGUAGACUCUUCUGCUGUGGAAGAGGAUACCGAAGGAAGUGUUGAUGGAGAAGGCACUUUGGAUACUGUGUCCAAGCCAGAUCUCCAGGAGAUUCUCCAAAAACAUGGUAUCUCAGGUAGUUUGAACUUUGAUGAAGAGGAGACCGAUGGGGAGGAAGAAGGAAAAAAACUAUGUCAUUCACCAUAUUCAGUGGCAGAGAGACCCAAUUCUGCUUCUAGCCAGAAAUCAACCACAGAUACAGGAGCUUCUGGUUCUGCAUCCCAACAAACUGAUAACCAGCUGGGAGAAGUGGAGAAUUUAGAGGACUUUGCAUAUAGUCCUGCCCCUCGGGGUAUUACAGUAAAGUGUCGGAUAACCAGGGAUAAAAAAGGAAUGGACAGGGGUCUCUUCCCCACUUACUAUAUGCACUUGGAAAAGGAUGAAAAUCGGAAGAUAUUUCUUCUUGCGGGUAGAAAGCGGAAAAAGAGCAAAACUUCUAACUACCUUAUUUCCACUGAUCCAACAGAUUUAUCUCGUGAAGGGGAAAGUUAUAUUGGCAAGCUCAGAUCCAACCUCAUGGGGACCAAGUUUACAGUUUAUGACCAUGGUGUCAGCCCAACCAAGGCCCAAGGCCUGGUAGAAAAGGCCUAUGUCCGGCAGGAGUUGGCAGCCAUCUGUUACGAAACAAAUGUACUUGGAUUUAAAGGUCCUAGGAAAAUGUCUGUGAUCAUUCCAGGGAUGAAUAUGAAUCACGAACGGAUCCCAUUUCAGCCACGAAAUGACCACGAGAGCUUGCUUUCCAAAUGGCAAAACAAAACCAUGGAGAACUUGAUUGAACUGCACAACAAGGCCCCGGUCUGGAAUGAUGACACACAGUCCUAUGUCCUGAACUUCCAUGGCCGGGUCACUCAGGCAUCUGUGAAGAACUUUCAGAUAGUCCAUGACAAUGACCCUGACUACAUAGUCAUGCAGUUUGGACGUGUGGCAGACGAUGUGUUCACCCUGGACUACAACUACCCGCUGUGUGCACUUCAGGCCUUUGCCAUUGGCCUUUCUAGCUUUGACAGCAAGCUAGCCUGUGAAUGAGGGAAACAGCCGGCGCCGAACUUUCUCACUCAGAGCUUUCAGAAGCCAAUAAUUGCCUCCUUUGCUUUUGCCCCAGGACAUGAAGAGCGAUAGGCUGCCCCUUUGGGAGUCAUCCCUGAAUGUAUGUAUAUGUGUCUAUACACAUGUGCGUGUUUACACAUAUGCCUAUGUGUAAACACACACAUAUGUACACACACACUCAACUUCUCUGGGUUUUACAGACCCGGACAAUGAUCACAGCUUAACAUGGGUGAGAGGCUGUUCACAGCACAGGGGUUCUUGUCCAGAGCACAUUGGUAACUCCUGAGGCUGUUGCCCCACAGAUUCGGACCUUGAGAGCCAGAUUUUCUAUGCUUGGAGACGUGCAGCUAGAAUCAGGUCUAAUGAUUAAAUACUUGGGUCUUUUUUUUUUUUUUUUUUUUUUUUUUUUGAAGACCUUUCCAGAGUGGGACAGUUCCCUAAAUUGCCUUUAGUCUUCAGGUCUGCACAUUUUUUCCAUAAAUGGCCAGAGAGUCCUUCACAGCUGCUAAGCUUUGUUGUAUUACAAGCACAGCCAUGGCCAGUUCAUAAACCAGUGAGUGUGGCUGUGUCCCACUAGAAUGUUAUUUACAAAAAACAGGCAGCAGGCCAGAUUUGGCCUGGGGACUGGGUUGCUGGCCCCUGCUCCAGAUAUAUUUCUUUACGCUAUGGGCCUCUCAGCAUCUUCCAGAAUGGGCCUGUGGUCAUGAUGUCAUAUGAGUGGGAAAUGGACAACUCUAGGAAGCAACAGUCCCACGGACUGGAUCUAAAAAGGUACUCAGCUCCAUCCACAUAGCUUUUACCUUAUUUUUUAAAAUUUAUUUUUAUUAUUUUUUUUAAAGUAUGCUUUACGGGCAGCCCGGGUGGCUCAGCGGUUUAGCGCCGCCUUCAGCCCAGGGCCUGAUCCUGGAGUCCCAGGAUCGA